UACUUGACUUGGCUGCGACUGCCAAUAACGCAUACAGCAUCUAGCCUUAGCCAAGUCACGGAGCAAGGAGCAGAGGCCAAGUUAACUCAGAAGCGGGUCACACACAGUGGACGCGUGAACACCCCACCUGUGCAUCAUUGAUCGGGGAGUAGAGUACGAGUGAGGAUACUUCCGCGUUCCUUGUGUCAGGGACGCGGAAACAUGAUUCACGGAUUUUGCCACUCUUGGGAUGAGUUGUUUACAACGCCGGCAGUUUAACCGAUAACGCUCCAGACGAUACGGGUGUUGUCGUUUAAUUAAAGAAAAGCCCGAACCUAAAUUCGAUGCUUGUCAUUUUCUGGACACAAUGGCUGAGAAGCAGACACACAAGGACACGAUUGUGAUCUGGCACGAGGCGGCGCAGCUGUUCGACCGGGGAGAGCGGGUCAAAGCGCUGGAAAACCUGCAGUCGAUCCAGGAGCCCCCAGCCAAGAUACUGUUCAACAUCGGCCACAUUCAGUUGCUUGUAGGCAAGACUCACAAUGCUACGCAGACUUUCAAGAAAUCCAUUGAGAAGGACCAGCACAUGGGAAUUGCCCAUUUCCAGCUGGCCCAGACGUUCUUCCAACAGCAGAAUUACGACGCAGCCUUGCAGAGCCUAGAGAAGGCCCGUACCUGCUUACGAGGCAACAAGUUCAUUGAUUACAAACAGCUAGGGCUACAGUACAAGUUACAUGAGUGUGAGAUACUUCACAACCUAGCCCUCGCCUACGCUGCCCUAAAUGAGACCCAGUGGGCCGUGGAACUGAUGACAGAGGCGUCGAGAUGCAAAACAGAGAACAAGCACAACGUCAUUGACACCGCUCUGGCAGCAGUCAAGCAAGGGAACCUGGCCAGACCGUUUGCUGUCCCAGAUGAGCACAUUUUCCGUCCUCCUGCCGCCAAGGUCCAGAAUAUCAAAGGAGUGGACUACUUAGGCAAGGCGAAAGUCGUGUCUGAGCUGGCCGUCCCAGAGGCUGAAAGCAAAAGAGGAAGGAGUCCAAGCCCAAAUUACAACCCGCCCCAUCCCCCUUCCUUGGUCGCACCCACUCCAUCCAGUAACUUCCAGCCGAUCCGUCACCCACCCAGGAGCCCUUCCCCUAAUCCCAAAGCACCACCCUUGCGUCCACCACCAGCUGCCCCCAGCACCAGCAGGAGUAGCCCCUCUCUUCCGCCCCGCCCUCCCCCAGCAACACCACCCAGUGGUCUUUCCCCAUCCCCGAGCCCGACGCUGGGUGCCAAGGCAACACACAGGGACACCAUCUCCAUCUGGAACGAGGGUGUGAUCAUGUUUGAGCGGGGACAGGUUGGGCCUGCCCUAGAUCAGAUGCUGAGAAUUAUAGACCCGACCGCCAAGAUCAUGUUUAACAUCGGAAUGUUGCAUCAGAAACUGGGCAACAUUCAAGAAGCAGAUGAGGCGUUUCAAACAGUCACUAUCAAGGAUCCUCAUCUUGCUAUUGGUCACUACCAAUACGGCAACGUCCAAUGCCAGAUGAACAGGCCAGACCAGGCCAGGAGGCAAUAUGACAAAUGCCUGGACUGCUUCAGAGGUCACAAAUUCAUCGACUACAAGCAGCUGGGCCUGAUGUACAAAUUGUAUGAGUUUGAGGUUCUGCACAAUCAGGCCUGGGCUUACUACAAGUUGGGACAGAGGGAGACUUGCCUACAGCUUUUGAAGGCAGCGCAGGGUACCAGACCAGAGACCAAACACGACGCCAUUGACAACUCCCUCAAAAAUGCCCAUGCCGGCGCCCCUUUUGAUAUCAUGAAACUACCAAAAGGGGCACUGUUCCGCCCACCCAAAGCCAAGAUCGACAACUUGAACAAAAUUGAUUUCCUUGGCCAGGCCAAAGUGGUCUCUGAACUGAAUGCCGGGGGAGACAGAAGUACCUCUCCUGCUCCAACUCGGACAUCCCCAGAUAACUCAGAAGAAUUCUACCUUCCGAUGACCCCCUCCACCCAGCCCCUGUCUCCCCAUUUACAGGCCAGCAAGCCCAAGGAUGACAAGCCCCCACGGAGGUCCCUUCCUGGCCCCCCACCCCAAUCCCUGCCGCAACCUCCCCGAAAGUCCCUGCCAGGCCCCCCAAGCCACUCCGGCCGCCCGACACCACCUUUCUCAGCCAGCACACCCUCGGUUGCCAGCCAGGAUGAACCAGCCCCUGUGCCCCCCCGAUCCACAAGCUUAAGCAGGCCUGACUUUCAGGAUGACCCCUUGCCGAGCCCUGGGCUGCCAAGCCGACCCGUCCCGCCCCUGCCGUCAACUGCCGAUGAGAGGGACCACAGCACCAUCCCACGCCGCAUGCCUCCUCCACCACCUGUUGCGGAGAACGGUCAUGCAGACCCUCCCUACCCAGACCGCCAGAGAAAAGUCAGCCCCCCCUUCGACCCGAACAAGCCUCUCCCAGUGCUGCCCGACUCUCUUGAGACUGAGGAGCAGAGCAGCUCAAGUGCAGUACGUCAGCGCCGUAUCAGCCCUGUACCACCGGGAAGACCUGUACCGCCCUCGCCCAACCGUAACAGCCCCGUGGCCGCUCGGCGAACCCCGCCUGGCAAGCCUGUGCCCCCUUCCCCAAACCGGCUGAGUCCCGGGUUGCCUAACAGGACCCCGCCCCCAGUGCCGACUGACGCCCCCAAUGAGCAGAAGAGGCAGCUGGUCAGUCCAGUGCCUCCCAAGGCCCCCGUGCCCCCACCUCCCCCAGGGAAAGUCGGCGCCACGCAGAUGAUGACAGGAGUGCGAGAUGCCAAUGGACGGAGCCCUGGAGUAGCCAGGAAGAUAUCACAGGAACUCCAAGAAAGAAGAGCCUUAGCAGGCAACAGCAGUAGCUCCCAGCAUGGUGUGAUAGAGUACAUGGUGGCGCUGGAGAGCUACAUCGGCAGAGGUCAAGAGCUGAGCUUCAGCAAGGGGGAGAUCAUUAGACAGUGCCGAGAAGUCAGCCGUGGGGUACUGGAGGGAGAGUAUGGAGGCAAGCGGGGACGCUUACCCAAGUCAGCCGUACAGGUCCUCAGCAGCUCCAUACCAUCGUGAUACUCCCUCGCCAACCAUCUACGAAGUCUCCUGAGUGGCUCCAUGCAGCCCUAGUUCCCUGAAUCACAUUUCUUGCCCUCCUUUUUCAGAACUUCCUUGACUUGAGCCAAAUUACCACCACGUGCAACAAUAUUUGUGAGCUAUUAAAAACAGUGUCAGCAUUCCAUUGCAUUGUCCGACUAAGCUGCCGUGGUUUGCACUGCAUUGUGGGAUACUUCGCAAGUGACUGCUUUGGCAGAUUGGAUACUUGGGCCAGGCCCAAGUAAGUUCAAGAAGUCAUAUGAGUAUCAAAUUAAAUGCAGUUACAAUGGAACUUUCCCAUGAAAUAUGCAAAUAAGGCAGGUGCAUGCACAUUAGUACCACUGGUUGGCAAACUUGCUUAAAUCUUUGACGUAACAAUACAAAUCUCCAUUCACGUCACUAUCACCAUUUCUGUGCUAGUGUAGUUUGACAUGAGUGCCAAACUUAAAAACAAGGAACUCUUACUUUCCAACCUCGGGUUACUAGCAGCUCGCCUACGCUUCUGACAGCAUUGAUGGCUGCACUUGCCAACCAGUGGUAGUAGUGCGCAUGCGCCCAUCCAAUUUGCAUAUUUCAUGGCAAAGGUCCAUUGAACGAGUAUCAAAGCACAGGGGGAAUAACUGAAGGCUGUGCAAAUCUAAGUGAAGCAUAGUUAGUUUGCCAGAAGGAUUUGGGUACAUAGUUGGUAGAAACAUUCCCUUUCAACUUGACUGGAAAGUCUGCCAGAGGCUCUGAAAUUUGACUGAAUGUUUUCAGCACAGUGAAGUGCAUCUUACUAUAGCAAAUACAGUGUACAAAGGUGUAAUGUACAUGUUAUCUUAAGAUAGAUCUGGAGUAUUUUUUAACCGUUAUUUUUGUAAUUUAGAGCUAGUCUGUAGCCCCAAGUUUGUAAAAAUGUAACGUAUUUAUUCAAAGCUUGUUAGCUUCUUUAACAUUUCAUGCUAAGUGAAUAUAACUAAACACGAGCAGGUGUAUAUGGAAGCUGGAAGCUUCACUUUUUUUUUUUCACUUUUAUGUGAACGUCUUGGUACCAAAUACUAGAAAGUGUGAGAUUUUUGUGUUUGCUUUUUUUUCCCCGUCAAUAUGCAUGAUCAGUUGAUUUUGAAGUUAAGGCGAGACAUUUCCAUUUUACGUACGGUUUAAAUUGGAGUAGAUGUUGGUAUUAAUUUUCCAGAUGCAAGGAUAACCCCUGACUAGCUUCAUCCUAUUACCAAACGCUGUACAACUGUAGCCCCUGUUUCAUAUAUACAAUAAUAGGCACGGAAGCUCAUAUUCUGAUGAGAUCACAUAUGUAGGUAAAAUGAUAUCCCUGACGCAAAGCCAAAUUAAUAUCACUGACUUAUUGCGGUAACCGCUGCUGCAUUGGAUUUGAGCCAGCCACCUGUUCUGGCAACCUCAGUGAUAAAGAUGCCUACAAUACUAAGCAAGAAGUCGUGGGUUCUAUAAAGCAAGCUUGUGAUUUUUUCUUUUUCAACAAGCCACAGAGUGCACUGAGAAUACAGUCUGAAUAUGCAUACAAGUGUAAAGGCAAACCCCUGUAUAAAAUAGAUAAAUUAAUCCGCCGAUUUUGUUUGAUCUUUUGAUCACAGUGCUGCAGUCGAGAGCAUCACAAGACACAAAACCAUUCACAAGUCAUGAUUGGGCUGAACAAUGAUUAACGAAUACUUUUCUGGCAAUUCAUUUGAAUAGCUCCUAACCCAAGUUCAGUCUGGCAGGUCUUGUAAUGGUCUCGUGGUCUUAAGGUAGCGUCUCAUCAUUCGGAACACUCUGAAGGUUUCCUGUUGAAUGCCACAUUCUCAUUCCAGAAAGUGUGGCCGUUCCACUGAGAACACAACGUUCCAGUGGAACAGUCCAUCUGGAAUAAACACUGUGUUCCCCACUGGACCAUUCCCAAUCAACCCCAAGCUGAAGUGCACCCCCAAUCGGCAAAAGAGAGACAGGUAGUUACAAGUGGGUUCUUGCAUGCGUUCUGCGUGUGCACAAAGGCUAUACAAGCCAGAAUUUUAGUUGCACGUACUCAGUGCGCUCCAACGUCAAACGCAAAUAUACUUGUGCGCCUUAUGCAGUGAGUACUAAAAAGCACACCCUCAUUUGUUCCGCUCUGAGCGAAUUGGGUCACACCACUUUGUCUAUAUGCAGAUGGUUAGAAACAGCAUUGAUCAUGGGACAUAUUCCAAUACUGUGGUAGAUGAGGGUAACUUCGUGUUUAUGAUUGUUCUGCAUACAGGUUGUCUUUCGUGCAGGGGCCAAUUUCAUAGAGCUGCUUAAGCACAAAAUCCUUGCUUAGAAAACAAAGGUUACCAGCUCAAAC